UAUUUGACCAGGUCACAUGAUUCACAGUGGAGGAACCAACAACUGGGAAAGUUAUUAUAUUCUUUCUUUGCUUUUCUGUCGGUCUUCUACCAAAAUGUUACUCCUUCUUGUGGUUUCUUUACUGGUCAUCUGCAGCACAGCAGAGGAUAAAGAGAUCACCCUUCCCAGACUGACAGACAUCUCUGCAGCAGAAACCUUCAUCGAUUCGGCUGAAGUUGUCAUCAUCGGGUUCUUUGAGACUGAUGGACAGCUUGGAUUUAAUGAGUUUCUGGCUGCUGUUGAAGAGGUGAAGUCCCUUCCAGCCGCCCUGUGCAGUGAGAAGGAGGUGUGGGCUAAAUACAGCAUCGUAUCAGACACCAUCUCCGUCUUCAGGAAGGCAGAUUUGAAUCAGCAGAACCUAGAACCAGCAAAAGCGCAAAAUCUAGACAAGGACGGAGUUGUUCGUUUCUUCAUCAUUAACAACGUCCGCUAUAUCACAGAAUACAAUCAAGUGUCUGCUGUAGGUCUGUUUCAGUCCAAAGUGAAGGUGCACCUUGUACUCUUUGCCAACAGGGGGAGUGAUAAUUACAGUGAGCUGAAGGAGCAAGUCGGUUCUUUGGCUCCUCGCUACACCGGAAAGAUGCUGUUUGUGCUGAUAAAUGGGAAAGAUGAAGCCAACGCUCAAGCAAUAGAAUACUUCAAACUGAAAUCACGCGACCUUCCACGCGUGGGCCUCUAUGACGCCGAAUCAGACAAAACGUGGCUCAUGGGACCAGGCGAGAUCUCUGCUGAGCGUGUGCAGAACUUCUGUGACUCCUUCCUCAGUGGAGAGCUACAGAAGGAAAAGGAGACUGGAGAACCUGAGCUUAAGUCUGAACUCUGAAUGUCACCAAACACCUUUAUUAAAACUUUUUACAACACGUAA